AUGUACGAGAAAGAAGACAUCCUCUUUGAUGACGUGACGCCAUUGAAGCCGCAUGUGUUUACCAAGGCCGUCGUGGAUCACUUUGCAACGACGCCAUCGUACUGGCGGCAGCGCUACUACGUCAACGACGAAUACUGGGGCGGUCCUGGAUAUCCGGUGUUCUUCAUGAUCGGCGGCGAAGCGCCUAUCCAGCCCACCGACGUAAGCCACGAGAUGUUUUUCAUCAACACGCUGGUCAUCCAACACAAAGCGCUGCUGUUGUCGCUCGAGCAUCGGUAUUAUGGGCAGUCCUACCCCACGCCAGACAUGACGGUCGAGAACUUGGCGCAUUUGACCAUCAUCGCCCAAGCAUUGAAAGACCUCGCUCGGUUCCAUGGCCACGUCUGGAUUGCGUUUGGCGGGAGCUACCCCGGCAAUUUGGCUGUGUGGUUCAAGGAAGAGUAUCCGCAGUUGGUGGCUGGCAGCAUUGCCAGCUCCGCGCCCGUGCUGCUCAUGGCCGAUUACAAGGAAUACAUGCAAGUGGUAAGCAACGAUUUCACCCGUGUGGGGGGAGCGGCCUGCGGUAUGUCGAUUCGACAUGCCCUGCAAGCGCUUGACGAUGCAAUUGUCGAAGCAUUGGCCACUGUUCCAUCCAAGGAUGCCAAGAAGUCGUUGAAGAAGAAGCAAGGAAAGCACGCCGCACACCAUGAUGCUACGUCUUCCAAUGGAACAAGCGGCGCGCUGUACGACGUGCUGACGCUGUGCGAGCCCCUGACCAACGAUAUGGACGCCAUGUACAACGACUUUGACCCGGUUGAUGUCCUCUGCACAUGCGACUACUUUGCGUCCGUCGCGAAUGAGAAACCGCUGGCCCAACUGGCGGGGUACUUGGCCAUGACGAGCCCCGUCGGGUGCUUUAUGUCGACGUUUCACACGUCGUCUGGCAUGAGUACGACGUCUUCGAUAGCUUCGAGACAGAUCAACGUUUGCUUUUGA